ACCGUCACACGUCAGUCGAUACAUAAUCUAUGCGAUUAAACGUGCGCAUUGCAUUCGGGAAUUCGGGAAAUAUGGACAAAUAUCCUCCACAUUUGCAUCCUCCUCCUUAUUAUCCUCCCCCGCCUCACUGGCCGCCCCCACCGCCUCAUCAUGGCCCACACGGCCCUCCCCCUCCGCCCCAUGCGUACCCCCCACCACCUCCAGGACCAUACCCUUACUUCUACCCCGCAACCAUGAUGGUACCAGUCCCUACUCCACCAAGCGAAAACCAGCCGACUUACAUCACCAAUUAUAUAUAUCACGGAGAAUCUUCCAACCCACCAGUCGUCGACCAAGUCCAAAUCGCGGAAACUUCUGGAGAUUACGAGUGGAUUCCAUCAACUGCCACCACAGCCAGCUCUCUGACAGGACGGGCUGUGAUUGGAGGACACGAAGGUUGGGACGGCAGCCCUUUGUGGGUCAUACGAGCCUGGUACAACGGAGACUUGAUUCCUGGGAAGUUAUCUGUCAGGCAUAACGCAGCGUCAGUGAUGCAUGAUGGGAAAGAAAUUCCUGUUCAGAACAUAGAUGUUUUGUGCGCUAAACCGGAUAAUUUAAGAUGGGUACCUGCUUCCAAUGGAGGCGUGCCACCAGGAGCUAUUUCAGGUGGUCGGACCGCUUCGGGAGAACAGUUGUACGUUGGAAGAGCCAGGCAUCAGCUGUCGGUGACUCCUGGGAAAGUUCAUCCCAGUCAUAACUGCUGUUAUAUCGCGUUCGCGGGAGCUGAGGUGUCGCAUAAGGUUUACGAUGUGCUGUGUAGAAUCAGUUAGGACUUUGAUGAAGACUUGUGAUCUUGGUUUGUUCACGGCGGUUUCGAAUAAAAGCUAAUAUUUGUUCAAAUGACUAUAAGCAAUUAUGUUUUGUUUAAAGUUAACUCUUUACGGUGGGUUUGUACCGUCAACUAUAACGUGUGCAGAAAAAACGCAAAGUACGCCAUUUUGUUUAAACGUCAGCGGCGCGCCGUUUUUAAUCAACGUCAAAUAUGACGGUGCAUCUCACCCUUAGUGUUAAAACUACAUAUGACUUAUAAAAAAAUGUGAUAUGUUAAGGUGUUUUCAUAGUGUUGCUUCACGUCAAAAUACUGAAAUAAUACUUUCUGAAUAUCAAGGCUAGAAUUUGAUGAAACUUAGUAUUUAAAUUAAUUUUUUUUAUAAGUAAUAGUUAAAAUAGUGUUUAACCCUUUUUGUUAUGAUAGAAAUGCAAUAAAAUUGAAUUCAGUAAUUUGUAAUACUUUGUAUAAUGUAUUUCUUUGUUUGAUAAGCAAUUUACAAGACUCGAAACGAUGUACAUCACAUGAUAUCAAAUGUUAUUAUCUGAUAAAAGCCCGUGUAUUUGUCAAAACUGAUAAAAUUGCUAAUCAAUUGACAAUAAUAAACAAUAUUUUACAGUUGAAAA